AUGAAUCCUGAAUACGAUUACCUCUUCAAGCUGCUACUUAUCGGCGACUCUGGCGUCGGAAAAUCCUGCUUGCUCCUUCGAUUCGCAGACGAUACAUACACAGAAAGCUAUAUAUCCACGAUCGGAGUCGACUUUAAAAUCAGAACAAUCGAGCUGGAUGGCAAGACUGUCAAGCUUCAGAUUUGGGAUACAGCAGGCCAAGAACGUUUCCGAACAAUCACAUCAUCGUACUACCGGGGUGCUCAUGGCAUUUGUGUGGUGUAUGACGUGACGGACAUGGACUCGUUCAAUAACGUCAAGCAAUGGCUUCAGGAAAUUGACCGCUAUGCCACUGAGGGCGUCAACAAGCUACUGGUAGGCAACAAAAGCGACAUGUCAGAUAAGAAGGUCGUGGACUACACCGUUGCGAAGGAAUUUGCAGAUAGUCUUGGGAUCCCUUUCCUCGAAACCUCUGCCAAGAAUGCUUCGAACGUCGAGCAAGCCUUCCUCACAAUGGCGCGACAAAUUAAAGAGAGAAUGGGCACCACCACGGUAAACAACAAACCUACAGUACAAGUGGGACAAGGAACAGGCGUUCAGUCGGGAUCGGCGGGUGGAUGCUGCUAG